GAGAACCGGAAAGGUCUACGAAAGGGGCGGGACACGAGAACCUUGAUUUAAGGAGGGGGGUGGCGAGGAAAGCCCACAGGAGCAGCCAAUCCAGCUGUCCCGGGGAGGAAGAGGAGGAGCCAGGGCCGCGAGGGUUCGCGCUGCUGUGUCCUGCGCUGCGCGCCAUCCAGUCUCCGCUUCCCGGCCAGCGAGUCGCCCGCCGGCCUCCUUCCCACUUAGAUAUGGCCUCGGUUGCCGCCGCCACGCCCGUGAAGAUUGGAAUAAUUGGUGGAACAGGCCUGGAUGAUCCAGAGAUUUUAGAAGGAAGAACUGAAAAAUACGUGGAUACUCCCUUUGGCAAGCCCUCUGAUGCCUUAAUUUUGGGGAAGAUAAAAAAUGUUGAUUGCGUCCUCCUUGCAAGACAUGGGAGGCAGCACACCAUCAUGCCCUCAAAAGUCAACUACCAGGCAAACAUCUGGGCCUUGAAGGAAGAGGGUUGUACACACAUCAUAGUGACCACAGCCUGUGGCUCCUUGAGGGAGGAGAUUCAGCCCGGCGAUAUCGUCAUUAUCGAUCAGUUCAUUGACAGGACCACCAGCAGGCCUCAGACCUUCUAUGAUGGAAGUCAUUCCUGUGCCAGAGGAGUGUGCCACAUUCCAGUGGCCGAACCAUUUUGCCCCAAAACAAGAGAGGUCCUGAUAGAGACCUCUAAGAAGCUAGGACUGCGGUGCCACCCAAAGGGAACAAUGAUCACAAUCGAGGGACCCCGUUUUAGCUCCAGGGCAGAAAGCCUCAUGUUUCGCACAUGGGGAGCAGAUGUUAUCAAUAUGACCACAGUUCCAGAGGUAGUUCUUGCUAAAGAGGCUGGGAUUUGCUAUGCAAGCAUCGCCAUGGCAACUGAUUACGACUGCUGGAAGGAGCACGAGGAAACAGUUUCAGUUGAUCGGGUUUUAAAGACCCUGAAGGAAAAUGCCAAUAAAGCCAAAAGCUUACUCCUCACCACCAUACCUCAGAUCGGGUCUAUGGAAUGGUCGGAAACCCUCCAUAACCUGAAGAAUAUGGCUCAGUUUUCAGUUUUAUUACCAAGACACUAAAACAGCUGGCUGGCUAGAAGAAAAGAAGACUUUCUAAUUGAAUCAUUUUGAGAAUUUUACUUAAUAUAGAAGAGAAAAAAGGAAAGACACGCAGCUUUCAUGCCCUGCAAAAGAAGAACCUGUAGUAAGAAGGACAAGACAGACAGUGCACAUUAGAGGCUUUCCCUAAAGGACUUGGACUAUUUGAAAACACAGAAGGAAAGAAAUGGGCCACAAAUAUGAGUGGAAUCUUAUAUUUUAGGGGAAAAUGUAAGCAGAUAACAUUCUCUUUUCCUCCUAUUAACUUUACAAUAAAGGCUGAGGAUUUCCUUUGUUGUCAGGGAAUGUGAGGAAGAAAUGGGACUCAGUUUAUUUGUGUGACUAUAAAUUUGUACAGUCUUUCUCAAGGGAAGUUUGGUAAAAUGCCUCAGAACGCUUAAAAAUAUGUAUGCACUUUGUUGAUCACUCAUAGGAGUUUCUCUUUAAAUAUGUGCCAGAAUACAUACAGCGAACUAUGUAUAAAGACAGGAGUUCAAUGGGGUUAAUUAUAGUAGCAAGUAUUCAGAAUAACUGUAAUAUCCAACAAUUGGAGAUAAAAAUUGUUUUAUUUAGGGUUAGAUUGUGAGUUAACUACGUUUUCACAAAUUCAGUGCCCUAAAGAAGUAGCUGCUGUAUAAUAAAAAAAUUUUUUUAAGUAAGCAUUUUACAUUACUAGUUUGUUUUAAAAUGCCAUGUAAAUGUAUAAAAAAAAACUAGAAGGAAAUACACAAAAUCUUUUGUUAUUGUAUUUGAAGAAGGAAUAUUGAAUAACUUUUUAUUUGCCUUGCAUAUUUCUGCAUCUAUGUUUUUCUACAAUAAAUGUAAUCAAACAAUAAAGUUGUAAAAAGAAAAA